UGAAAUCCGCGUCGUAAAUUUUUUUCAUCAAGUUUUCAUUGUCUGGCGUAGUUUACGGACUGAAUUUAGGUACGAAAUUUCGGUAUUAAACGUGAAUCGUGGAAAUUAGUCCCUUUGAUAGCUUAAAGAAUUGUAGAUGCGUGCAAAUUCGAAGUAAUCGCGAGAAACUGCGUCGUUUGUGAUUUUGCUUGAAGGUCUUUUUGUUGCUGUGUUGUAAGUGCGAUAUCUGCUCGUGCCGAUCUCGAGUUUAUACCAGUGAAGCAAAUGAAAAUGAAGAUGCCCGACAACACUAUCGGCGGUAGUAGCUCAAAUAGCUACAAUCAUGCAAGCUUCAACGCGGCCGUAGUAACGUUAAACCAAAACGUUGGCCGCGGUGGUGGUGAUGGUGAUGGCAAUGGUAACAACGGACCAGCCUACUACAGUGACCCGUACGAGUCGGAUGCGGAAAGCAUUAGCACCCCUCCGACCGAGGACAAUUCCGAACCUGCGGGAGACGACUUUGCGGAGUACAUGUGGAUGGAGAAUGAGGACGAGUUUGACGAGCAGGAAAUGCAACGACUAGAGGAGGAAGAGCUGAUGGACCAGUGCAUUGAGGCGAUGAUGCAGGACGAGCUGGCAGCGGCCGAGCGGAUGGCGGCAGCAGCACUCAUGGGAAACGUUCCUCGAGAAAGUGGUUUGAUGAACAUUCUGUCUAGUCUUCAAUUAGACAAAGAACACCAACAGCAGCAACUGCUGGCGCUACAACCGAGAAACGUGAAUGUGGAAAAGUCGACACUGAACCCGUUGGCCGCCGAAUUUGUGCCAUCGUUGCGUCCUCUAGUCGCUCCGAUACCCUACUGAACCCCCCGUGGCUAAGAAAAACGGUAAAACAAGCCUAUUACACACAAAACAUCUCAAAAAGGUACGCAAAUACUCGAAGAAGAAAAAAAAUUACGUAAAAAAUUACCAGAAAAGUGGAAAAUGUUCGCAAUUUUGGUAUGACCGUAGGGUUACGCUCUCGUUUUGAGUAUUCCCCCGAGAGUCAGCUGCAAUAUUUAUUUCUAUCACUUUCUUGUCCAUAAAAUCUUUCUGCAGAAAAAAACUGCGCAAUCAACACAUCCGGUACUGGUUUCGGUAUACUUUUCCAUGAAAAGUAAUGCUUCUUGUAGUUUACACUUUCUCAAGCAAACAGGCAUAAGGACAAGCACUUACCCAUUUUCCCUGCCAUUCUGCCUUUGUACUUAAUGCAGAGCUAGCGAGUUUGAGGUAAAUACGGUGAUCGUAGAUCUAUUGUUCGUAACGAAAUCAUCUCUCGCCAUCCUUGCGCUCAGGACCAUCACUCGCAUGCGUAAUCAUGGCGAUGGCUCGAAGAGCAGCGUUGUAACAGCGUUUGUGCAAGCGGUUCUAACCAUACUCGGCGGUGCUUAGAGAAUGAAUUAGAGCUCCUAAUGCGCUCAAUAUCUUACACUGGGCAAAUGGGCAAAUUCUUACUACAGCAUUUACCCCUAGCCACAAAGCUAAUGCACCAAGUCGUCAUGUAUAUUUUGUGAUUUUUUAUGCCCAACUAUUCAAACAUAAUGGUACAAUUCAGUUGAGUACUGUAAGUUUUCCGUUUUAUCAAUUGCCGUUUUUGUGUUGCCCCUUCUUCAAACCAAACGUUUCAAAAGAGUCUAAUCUUAGGAUUGUCUUCAAACAUUCACUUCUGGUGUACAAAACACAGUCAAACUAACGAAAGCCACAUCUGGUAACGCUUAGGUUUAAUGAAGUUUCGAACAAACAAACAAAAAAAGCAAACAUCUUGGUAUCUCCCCUGAUAGAUUGUUGUUAGCGAUAAGCAAUGAACCCCCGGGUCGUAAAGUAACAAAAAAAGUUUAAAAUUCAACUAAACAAUCUGCUGUACGUGUUGUUAGUAUUAAUGGUUGUGCGUGGAGGGUACGAUUUAGUGUCAAGGGAGUAUACGGCCCUAGAUUGGAGGAACUUGGUGGUCUCACAAAUAGAGCGUUCUACAGCAUUCUUUCGCCAUAAGAAAGGAUAAUGUUUCAACUGUGAUACGACUAUCGUUGACUCAUAUCCACUAUGCAAGUUUGUAGUAAGAAGUCAGUGGCUGACGCGCGACUUUUUUUUUAUCUUAGAAGUUGUCGGUUCUCCUGCGCGCAUUUUAGCUUUUUCCCAUUUUGUCAGUCUUUUUCACAUGCAGCUAUGUAGGAGCGAAGUGGCUGGUAGCAAAUUCCAUUUCGACGGCAUUUCAUGUUGUUGCAGUGCUUUGGCUACAGUCCUUACAGCUUCGCUUGAUCGAAAAUCCAUUACACAAACGCGUGGAUAAAAAAUAAUGUCAUUUGCAUUUUAUCGAUAACCUCCCGCUCGUUUGGGGAAUAUUUUGGUUCUCAGAACCACGCUUAUAAGAUUGGACCGAUAAGAAUUUCAUUAUUUCGUUCCAAGCCAACCGUAUGACCCGCACCAUCAUGACACGACAAUUAAUCCUAGUGCUGCAACAGCAAACGAAGCGAACAAAAAAAAAAUACACACAUUUAUGAAAUUAGCGCAAAAAGGUUAUCUAGAGCUAAUCUCUUUUUUAAGUGUAAAAAAAACUAACUGUGUGAUAGAGUAAAAAAUGAAAAAAAGAACAAAACAAUGCAAAAAUGUAAUAAAAAAGACUGAAGUCUUCGAAUAGAUCGAAAUCAAACGCGACAAAGUGUUCUUUCUUGAAACUGGAUAAAGAAACUGCUACUUAUACGCUGAAACAAAUAGUCCAAUGUCCUAUAUUGUUAACGGAAAAACUCUAAUCUGCUUAUCAAAGUUUCUGACUAAUUUUACUUAACUAACUAAAUCAUGACAAUCGUUAUCUCUAUGACUAAGAUAGGUAAUUGGUGUUUCCCUGGAUUAUGUUCA